GGCACCCCCUUGCUGAGUUGGUCGCAAUCAUUGUUUCGCUCCAGCAUUAACCACAUUCCAGAGAGGCGGAGUGCACCCCGUCCUCUUCCUCGCAUUCCUUCUCCACAAACGAGUCCCUUGCGCUAAAUUGUGUUUAAAAUGGGUUUUGGCGCACUCUUUCUCUUUUAAUAUGUAAGAUGUGGCUGUUAGUGGUGCAUUGCAAUAUUUUCUCUACCUCAAAUUUAAAUUUGAGACUCUUGGAAAACUGGAGAAAAACUUGACAAGGGAAAAUUCCUCCGCGCAGCGCGCCAUUGACUGUAAAGACCUUUCAACUUAACAAAAACUGAAGUUGACAAAUGUAUCCUGACGUUGAAACUUUGUGAUAAGGGUUUAUGUUUUCGAAGAAAAAGAUCAUGCACCGCUUCGAGAUUUCCAAGCACACUGGCUGUUCAGCAAACAGGCGACGAUGCCUGGAUUGAGCCUGCGUUUUGUUAUGAUUUCCAAAUGAAAUGAAAUUACUGCUAUCUUUCACUCGGUAGUCGGUAGUGCGCUCUUUCUCUGAACUUGUUCGUCGCCUCGGGAGCAAACCAUGGAUCACUAUGAGGAAGAUUUGGGACUCCGGGCGAGUAAAUUAAUGGAGGACCUUUCCUUAUAUGAAGCAUACAAGGAUGGAAUGUACAGUUCAAGGAGGGAAAUGGUUAUCAACACCGAUUUGGAUUUUUCGUCUCCAACGAUACCCGAGCAGAAAAGUAAGACAAUGAAUGGCAACUCUGUGCCUCAGCAACAGAUACACACCGUUGAGAAUUACAUGACUGGGAAUAAAGUGUACACUGCGGCUCCAGUGCGCCCCGUGAAUGGCAACAGAGCCGUUCCUGUGGAUUAUUGCACCCCUCAAAGAGACAUCGUUUAUCCUAACGAAGAUAGCUAUUGCACCAAAUCCGAAAUUGCUUUGCCGUGUUAUAGCGGCGCGUCCGAGCGACACAGGAGGUACUCAUUGGAGGUGCUGGGGCAUAGGUACAGCACUGGUAGCGCGUACGAUGGAGUGGUUUUGAACAAGCCAGUACCUUCACCUGGCAACAGAUGCAACAGUAUCUGUGUUACCACCAACCACGACGGCAGAUACAAUGCAACCAGCCCGCGGUCCAGUUUCGUAUCCUCCCUCUCCUCCCAGGAGCAAAGCAAACAUGCAAGCCCGAGGUCGAGCAUCAGUAGCCUGCGCACAAGUCUGGUGGUACCCGGGCAAGACAAGUACACUAGUCCCAGGUCCAGUCUGGUACACUGUGAAGGGAGCAGUGCCCUCAGCCCCCGGUCUAGCUAUGCAAGUACAGCCAGCGACACAAGUAAACAUUCCAGCCCAAGGGCCAGUCUGAACAGCUAUGACUGCUGCAGUAAACCCAGCAGUAACCGCACCAGCGGCAUCAGUAUGGGCUACGACCAAAGGCACAUCAGCCCCAGGUCCAGCACAGCGAGCCAGUAUUCUUGUACCACCAGUCCACGCUCUAGCUAUUCAGAUUCGCGUUACAUGCCUGUGGAAAACCAUGAUUUGGAGGGUGCAGUUUUGCAUGGCAUGCCGGUGGCCAGUCCCCGGUCAAGCAUCUGCAGCCAGGACGGGUGCGCAAGACCCGGGACAAUAGCUAACUGCGUCGUUAGUCCCCGGUCCAGUAUCUCCAGUCACAGUUCCAGAAGUUCCCGGAGCUCCAGGGGAUCUAUGAGCACAUACCCAGAUCUCCAACUGCCUUCACCCAGGUCCUCAAUGCUGGGGGCUGGUUUGCAGGAGGACAUACUAACACAAGAUUGUGGCGAUACCAACGGUGUUCAUAGUCGUAUCCAUCUCCAAGCGCUCUCUGGGAUGCCAGAGGCCCUGCCACAGCAUGCACCACAACAGUCAACCCAGGCAGGGAUGAAUACAGAGGUGACCGCUGGAUCACCAUCAUCUUCUUAUGGGCUCCAUACGAAAACUCCAGCCUCAGGGCAGAGGUUUAAACUACCUUACCAGGUGACCCCAUGCCGGGAAAGUGGCCCAAGCCAAGCAGAAAGGAGUCUGGAAGCACUCACCUUGGAGCUGGAGAAGGAGUUAGAAAUGCACAUGAAAAAAGAAUAUUUUGGUAUCUGUAUCAAGUGUGGGAAGGGUGUGUAUGGAGCCAGCCAAGCCUGUCAGGCCAUGGGGAAUCUGUACCAUACCAACUGCUUCACCUGUUGCUCCUGUGGGAGGAGGCUGAGAGGGAAAGCUUUCUACAACGUCAACGGCAAGGUCUACUGUGAAGAGGACUUCCUGUACUCUGGCUUUCAGCAGACGGCAGAGAAGUGCUUUGUAUGUGGUCACCUCAUCAUGGAAAUGAUCCUGCAGGCACUGGGCAAGUCCUACCACCCUGGCUGCUUCCGCUGUGUGGUCUGCACAGAGGGUCUGGACGGAGUGCCUUUCACUGUGGACGUGGAGAACAACAUCUACUGUGUUAAAGACUACCACACGGUCUUUGCCCCAAAAUGUGCCUCAUGCAACCAGCCCAUCCUCCCUGCUCAGGGCUCUGAGGAGACCAUCCGGGUGGUGUCCAUGGACAAGGACUACCAUGUGGAGUGCUAUCACUGCGAGGACUGUGGCCUCCAGCUAAACGACGAGGAGGGUCACCGCUGUUACCCCCUGGAUUGCCAUCUGCUCUGUCACGGCUGCCACAUCCGCAGACUCAAGGUCCCGGUGCCCGGCCACCAGCCACCCAGCUACCCACUACACGUCACUGAGCUGUGAGAGGGCAGGGUCGGCGAGGAACCAACCCCAGCCAACCCCAACCCACCGCUGACCCGCCUCCCAGGUGACCUGAGACAACAAAGAAGAAGGAAUCCCACGCCCACGGAAUCCCGAGAAUUUCGGAACCUCUUCUUGCAUGACAGAACAGAACAGAGAGAUCCUGGGAGACUUCGCUCUCUACUUUCCGGCCGUGCCCUGGGGAGAGGAGAUAUACAGGGCCAUGGACAAGUCACAAGACCGGGCUGGGAGAGAGUCCACGUCUCUCUCUCUCUCAUCAGUUUUUUUCUCCCUCCUUCCUCCUUUUGGUCUGUGAACAGUGAAGCAGGCCGAGGCCCCAGCCCACCCAGAGGCCCUGGCCGACGUCAGCACCGUGACCCCUGCACAUUCAUCACAGUGGGGACUGGCCUGGAUGGAGAGAGGGGGCCACUCUCUCUAUCCCUCUCUCCAUCACUCUCUUUUUCCCUCCCUUUUUUUUUCUUCAUUCCUUCGCACUGAAGCCCAAUGCCAUGAUGGAUUUACUGCUCCUCUGUCAGAGAGAGAGAGAGAGAGAGAGAGAGCAGGACAGCGUCUCUGCCAGGAGGCUGGGAGGCCAUGAAACAGGCCGCUCAUAACAUUCCAGCACUGUCUGGCAGGGUUAGAGGGUUGGACAUGCUGUGCCUUCAGAGUGGCCUUCCACUGAGAUACCUCACCGCAUUGUAACAGUGCCACAGUCCAGCUAGCUACAGCUCCUUUUGGCUAUGCAAGGGUACCGAGUCUACCAGCCACAACCGAGCGCCUUCAUGUGACUCUGUGACACACUCUCUUGUACCAUCCCUUCAUGUGACUCUGUGACACAGUUCUCUGUACCACCCCUUCAUGUAACUCUGUGACACAGUCUCCUGUACCAUCCCUUCAUGUGACUCUGUGACACAGUCUCCUGUACCAUCCCUUCAUGUGACUCUGUGACACACUCUCCUGUACCAUCCCUUCAUGUGACUCUGUGACACACUCUCCUGUACCAUCCCUUCAUGUGACUCUGUGACACAGUCUCCUGUACCAUCCCUUCAUGUGACUCUGUGACACAGUCUCCUGUCCCAUUCCUUCAUGUGACUCUGUGACACACUCUCCUGUACCAUCCCUUCAUGUGACUCUGUGACACACUCUCCUGUACCAUCCCUUCAUGUGACUCUGUGACACAGUCUCCUGUACCAUCCCUUCAUGUGACUCUGUGACACAGUCUCCUGUACCAUCCCUUCAUGUGACUCUGUGACACAGUCUCCUGUACCAUCCCUUCAUGUGACUCCGUGACACAGUCUCCUGUACCAUCCCUUCAUGUGACUCUGUGACACACUCUCCUGUACCAUCCCUUCAUGUGACUCUGUGACACAGUCUCCUGUACCAUCCCUUCAUGUGACUCUGUGACACAGUCUCCUGUACCAUCCCUUCAUGUGACUCUGUGACACACUCUCCUGUACCAUCCCUUCAUGUGACUCUGUGACACAGUCUCCUGUACCAUCCCUUCAUGUGACUCUGUGACACAGUCUCCUGUACCAUCCCUUCAUGUGACUCUGUGACACACUCUCCUGUACCAUCCCUUCAUGUGACUCUGUGACACACUCUCCUGUACCAUCCCUUCAUGUGACUCUGUGACACACUCUCCUGUACCAUCCCUUCAUGUGACUCUGUGACACACUCUCCUGUACCAUCCCUUCAUGUGACUCUGUGACACACUCUCCUGUACCAUCCCUUCAUGUGACUCUGUGACACACUCUCUUGUACCAUCCCUUCAUGUGACUCUGUGACACACUCUCCUGUACCAUCCCUUCAUGUGACUCUGUGACACAGUCUCCUGUACCAUCCCUUCAUGUGACUCUGUGACACAGUCUCCUGUACCAUCCCUUCAUGUGUUUUUGUGACACAGUCUCUUGUACCAUCCCUUCAUGUGACUCUGUGACACACUCUCCUGUACCAUCCCUUCAUGUGACUCUGUGACACAGUCUCCUGUACCAUCCCUUCAUGUGUCUCUGUGACACAGUCUCUUGUACCAUCCCUUCAUGUGACUCUGUGACACACUCUCCUGUACCAUCCCUUCAUGUGACUCUGUGACACAGUCUCCUGUACCAUCCCUUCAUGUGACUCCGUGACACAGUCUCCUGUACCAUCCCUUCAUGUGACUCUGUGACACACUCUCCUGUACCAUCCCUUCAUGUGACUCUGUGACACAGUCUCCUGUACCAUCCCUUCAUGUGACUCUGUGACACACUCUCCUGUACCAUCCCUUCAUGUGACUCUGUGACACAGUCUCCUGUACCAUCCCUUCAUGUGACUCUGUGACACACUUUCCUGUACCAUCCCUUCAUGUGACUCUGUGACACACUUUCCUGUACCAUCCCUUCAUGUGACUCUGUGACACACUUUCCUGUACCAUCCCUUCAUGUGACUCUGUGACACACUUUCCUGUACCAUCCCUUCAUGUGACUCUGUGACACAGUCUCCUGUACCAUCCCUUCAUGUGACUCUGUGACACAGUCUCCUGUACCAUCCCUUUGCUCCAGUGCUCCUUGGCAUAGCGGAUGUUCGUGGCACCGCAUGUGCUGUCAGUAGCCAGUAGCCACAGCGCUAGCCUGGGCUGGCACUCAUUCCACUUAGCAGUCUUAGAAGACGUGACCUCGAGAGAUUCACAAGUGUCUCAACGAUUAUAUAACGAGAAAAAAAGUUAGAAGCACGUAGAUUGUCUUUUAUACAUGCCUAUAUAUUUUGCAGACAUUUUCCACAUAAGAUUCUAGAAGUGUAGUGUAUUCUUUUGCUGCAUUAUUAUUAUCAAAUGGAAUCGGAGGCCAAACGAGCUGUCACAGUCUUAACGGUCCUCUGAAGGGUAUUGGUCCGCUGUUUAAUUUCUCCUCAAGAACACGUCCUAGAGGCCUCUGUGUUGUCGCUCUGCUUGGUCAUGCGAUCCACUGACCUGUUAACAUGUACAGUUUCACACACUGGUUAUUUGACCCAUAUGGUAGCACUGAGUAAGUGAGUGUCUGACCAGCGAGAGUCCCCACAUAUCCUCCUCAUGCAGACGUUACUGUGUCAUACCUACUGGUUGAUCUGAUUGUCUGGUUGGUUGUGGGAGUUGCUGGUCCAAACCGUGUCUCUGGAGAAUCCAUCCCCCGUGUUUUCCCUCGCUGGUUGUGUUGUUGUGUGCGUCUGUGUGUGUGUGUGUGUGUUAGUCUGUUGGUCUAUAGACACUGAGUGUACUAAACAUUAAGAACUGCUCUUUCCAUGACAUAGACUGACCAGGUGAAUCCAGGUGAUGUCUCUUGUUAAAUCCACUUCAAUCAGUGUAGUUGAAGACAGGUUAAACCGGAUUUUUACACCUUGAGACAAUUGAGACAUGGAUUGUGUAUGUGUGCCGUUCAUAGGGUGAAUUGGCAAGACAAAAUAUUUUUAAGUGCCUUUGAACGGGGUACAGUAGUAGGUGUCAGGCGCACUGGUUUGUGUCACGAACUGCAACGGUGCUGGGUUUUUCAUGCUGAACAGUUUCCCGUGUGUAUCAAGAAUGGUCUACCACCCAAAGAACAUCUAACCAACUUGACACAACUGUGGGAAGCAUUGGAGCCAACAUGGACCUGCAUCCGUGUGGAACGCUUUUGACACCUUGUAGAGUCCAUGUCUGAUGAAUUGAGGCUGUUCUGAGUGCAAACUGGGUGUAACUCAAUAUUAAGGUGUUCUUAAUGUUUGGUAUACAGAAGUGUGUGUGUGUGUGUGUGUGUGUGUGUGUGUGUGUGUGUGUGUGUGUGUGUGUGUGUGUGUGUGUGUGUGUGUGUGUGUGUGUGUGUGUGUGUGUGUGUGUGUGUGUGUGUGUGUGUGUGUGUGUGUGUGUGUGUGUUUGUGUGCGUGCGUGCGUGCGUGCGUGCGUGUGUGUGUGUGCGCACCAGUGGCAGUGCCAUGGUGCAUGUACCUUGUUGAGUGAGCAGGACAACGGCCACCCAGCUCCACAAAAAGACCCAUGCUCUCUCAAUCUCUCUCUAACAAAAAUGGUUAAGGUUCUGACUCAGGCCUACCCAGUACCUGCUCACAGUAGCCUAGUCAGAGGAACUGUCCUCUCAUACUACUGAAUCUAACAGACAAGGAGGCUGACGUAGAGAUUACGGAGAGGAGGGGCCGACACAGGCAUCAUGUGCUUUCUGAUGUAUCCCUCGAUGAGAUUCUUUGGAAUGUAAUUAUUAGUGUAUGUUUGGCAAACUGUUGUUUAUUUUUUGCUCUGCUCCCAGUUAUACAUUUGCAAAAGUGAAAAGGCUAAGUAUCCCUGGAGUACAUGUUUUUGCUGGGAGAUUCCCUUUGAUGGUAGAUAAACUGAAUCUCAGCAUAGUAUGAUGAGACUCCUAGUCAAGGAAUGUGUAAUAUACUUGAAAAUGAGGCAAUGGCAUUUUCUGAACUGUAGUUUGAAUAGUACAAAAAGACCCACUCAUAUCAAUCUCAAAUCAUUUUUCAUUAAAGCAGAAUUUUUUUUAACUUGACAAGAGUUGAUCCCCUUUAACGAUGUCUUAAUACACCUCUUUUUAAAAAUACUACUUCAAUUCCAUUUCUAUUGCAUAGCACACAGCUAGUUUCCCCAUACCUGUGCAUAAAGAGGCUAGUUAUUCUUUCAUCCUCUGUCAUAAAUCACUCUGAAAGUGAAGACUUCUCUAUCCUACCAGUAGUUUUCAAUAAGCACAUAUGACACCUCUGUCACAUCACUUUUGUAUAAGUGUUUGAUUACCUAGAUGGUUCAUAAAAAAGGAAACUAGAUUUAUUUAUCUAUACAUGAAAAAGUCAAAAGUUAUUUAAUGUAUUAAAAAUCAGGACGUAUCAUUUAACUGUAGAUUAUAUAAUCUGCUUUUUAAAUAAAGUGGUUUUGUAGCUAACUUAAACUAAA